CCGAUCGGCUCGCCUUCCCACCAACGCUGCUCGUCUUUCCCUCCACGCCUCUCCCUCUCGAGUGUCGUCCAGUGCCGCUCGGACUCUGCCGGUACCGGAUAUCUCUCUUGCCGAUCCCGCUCUGAUCGUGCCCCGCAAAGCACCUCUCUCAUCCCCCGGAUGUCUCGAGGUCGUUCAGACCCAAGAAUGGCGUCCUCGAACCCAACGCCGCGUGCCGGAAGCCGGCCAUCUCAACCCCGCAUCACCCUGAACGAUGUCGUCAUCGAAAAUCCCGCCGACACCGAUCGCUGGUCUGCGUCCCUCGAAAACGAGAUGGACCAAAUCUCCACCCGCCAUAUCCCGCCUCCCCUCAAGCCCCAGCCCUCGGGCAACAAACGGCGGUCCAUCUUCGGUCCCGACAAUGGCGGCCGGCGCCAAUCCAUGUUUGGCCAGGACUACGGCAACAGGCGACAGUCCAUCUUCGGCCAGGACUACGGCAGCAAGCGGCAGUCCAUCUUUGCUCAAGACUUUGGCAACAAGCGGCAGUCCGUCUUCCAGCCGGGCUCGCGCAGGAGCAGGCGCAUCUCCACCUUCAAUCCGCGCGAACUGCCGCCCUUCCUGGACGAAAAUGCCUGUCUCGGCAUCAAGGUCCAGAGCACUUUGCACGACGUCCGCAGCAUGCUGGACCUACUGCUGGACCUGCCGAAGCCUGUGAUUGUCUCGACCGACUCGGAACGCGAGUCGCUGAGCCACUCGGUCCUGCGAAGCUUUGUCGAGUUUGUGGACUUCUCGUCCUUUGGCUGGUCGCCCAAUACCCGGGUUGGCAUUGUUCUGCCUGAUGGGCCCGAGCUCGGUGUUUGCCUGGUCACGGUCAUGGCCUACUGCACCUCGGUCCCGAUCAACUACCACAUGACGGAUGACGAAAUCUGCACCGAGCUCUCCCGCCUCGGUGCCAAAUCAGUCAUCAUGCCCGAGACCCGAGUUAACACUGGCUUUGUCAACUCGCUCGAGUGGCAUGGCAUCAACGUCGUCGUCCUGACGCCCAACAGCAAAACGUGUGGCCUCUUUGAUCUCCAAGCCUAUGGAUCCGAUGGCGCAUCGCAGGGCGGCUCUCUCGCAACCUCAAAUGCAAACAAGCGCAAGUCUGCUCUCCGUGCCUCGAGCCGUGUGUCCAUGUCCUGGCACCGCCGCCAGGCCCUCAACCAAAUGGGCGACUACGGCAUGGUCCUCGCCACCUCCGGAACCAGCGGCAACAAAAAGACCGUCCCAUAUACGCUCGAGACCCUCAUCAUCGGCGCUCUGUGUGUCGCUCAGUCGUGGGCACUGGUGGAAUCCGACGUCAACCUGAACAUGAUGCCGCUGUACCACGUUGGCGGUAUCCUGCGCAACCUUCUGGCUCCUGUCUUCAGCGGUGGUUCAGUCAUCCUGACCAAGGGCUUUGAUCCCUCUGUCUUCUGGGACAUCAUCCAGCAUCCCGAGAACGACUGCAAGCCGACCUGGUACUACGCCGUCCCAACCAUGCACCACGCAAUUCUUCAGGAAGGCCGCUCGCGGGGUAUCGACUAUCCCGUCGGCAUCCGUAUGAUCGCCAAUGCCGGUGGCGGACUGCUCCCGUCCCUGGCGGUUGAGCUUCGCGAGUUCUUUGUUGGCGCUACCGUUCUGCCGUCGUAUGGCAUGACCGAGUGCAUGCCCAUUGCUACCCCGCCACAGGGCUAUGCCCUUGAGCGCCCCGGCACUUCCGGCGUCUCUGUUGGCCCCGAGAUCGCCAUCAUGGACGACAGCCACAACAAGCUGCCUCCCAAAGCCAUCGGUCACAUCAUGGUCCGCGGCCCGCCCGUCUUCCAGGGAUAUGAGAACGAUGCCAAUGCCAAUGCCAGCUCCUUCACUGCCGACGGUUUCUUCAAUACCGGCGAUAUGGGCUACCUCGACGAAGACGGCUAUCUCUACGUCACCGGCCGCUCCAAGGAAGUCAUCAACCGUGGCGGUGAAAUCAUCUCGCCCGUCGAGGUCGAGGACGCUGUGAUCAAGCACGAAAAGGUGCUCGAGACCAUCGCCUUCUCGGUCCCGCACGAUGUUCUCCAGGAAACCAUUGGCGUGGUUAUUGUCUCGACCGAUCCCGAGUGCCGCGUGGAUCUCCCCCAGCUCCAAAACUUUGUGUCCAAGACCCUGCAUCCCUCCAAGUGGCCUCAGCUGAUUGUUUACAUGAACGAGCUCCCAAAGAACCAGAACAACAAGCCCCUCCGCAUCAACCUGGCAAACCGUUUCGGAAUCGCCGAGAUCAACGACAAGAUGGGACCCAAGCAGCGCCUCUACGAUGCCCCUGUCUGUCCCCCUCGCACCGCUGGCAUCAAGACCCCGAUCGAGGCCCAUCCCGUCGUCUGCUCGUCCGAUCGCGCUGUCGAGACCCUGCUCAAGGUCGACGGCGUUAUCGAAGUUGCUUGCAUUGCCAACUCGCGUGACGACUUGGUCAUGUUUGUGUGCCAGGACACCUCCAAGUCCCCUCUUUCCUCCGAGGAGAUCAAGGAGCACCUCUUUGGAUGUAUCCAUGACUAUGACGUCCCCAAGCAGAUCAUCCACUUGCCCAAGCUUAAGAAGAUGGCCGACGGCAAGACCGUUGAUGUCGACGCCCUCCACGCCGAGCUCGACAAGCAAGGCGUGGAUAUGGAGAUGGCUACCCCGGAGGAGCGCUCAGUGUACAACAUCUUCCUGACCGUUCUGGAGCUCGAAAAGAUCAACACCUUGGACGCCGACUUUUUCGAGCUCGGCGGCGGCUCCCUCAAGGCCGGGCGCGUUGUCGGUCUCAUUCGCAAAGAAUACGAUAUCAGUCUCCCUGCGAUGACCCUGUUCGAGCAUCGCACCAUCCGCGCACUUGCUGCUCUGAUCAGCGAGCGUGCCACCACUGCAAUGAGCGUCGACUCGACUGACCCGCUCAUUCGUACCAAAACCACCAAGAAGCAAACAGCCAAUGAGGCAGACGAGCUCCGCGUCAAAUCCGAGUCGUCCACGUGCUUUGUGGCCCUCUUCGUGCAGAUCUUGCCCAUCGCCUUCUUCCGCCCGCUGUACACGGCGGCGCUGUGGCUGACGUUCCUGCACAUCCUGAUCCUUACCGACACGGUCCGUCGCGACGCUCUCCAUAUCGAGACCGCGCCGCUGGUCCGUGUGAUCCAGUUGUUGAUUGCCAUCACCAUUUCCCACACGGUCCUCUGGAUUGUCAUGCCCACCCUCGGCAUCCUCUUCAAGUGGAUUGUCAUUGGCCGAUACAAGGCUGGAAGCUACCCCCUGUGGGGCUCGUACUAUCUGCGCUGGUGGAUUGUCGAUCAGGUGCUGCGCAUCUGUGGCCGCGGCUGCUUCGGCACCAGCUCGAUGACCCUGGUUCUCUAUGCGCGCCUGAUGGGAGCCAAGGUCGGCAAGGAUGUUGCUUUGGACACCUCGACCAACAUUGGCGAGUUUGAUCUCAUCGAUAUCGGCGAUGGCGCCAGCUUUGACACGGCGCGUAUCCGCCCGUUCUUCAUGGAGACGGGCAGAAUGGUCCUCAAGAAAAUCACCAUUGGUGAACACAGUGUUCUGAACAUCAAGUCUGUUGUGGCGGCCGGCCACACCGUCCCGCCCUUCACUGUGUUCCCUCCCCUGAGCUCUUCGUACGAGAUGCAGGACGCCAGCCCGCACUUCCAGACCCUCUGCCGUACUCGCCACCGCGAUCUCAAUGUCAUCUACAAGAUCAUCUUUGGAUGGCCCCUGCUCUUCAUUAUCAAUCUGCUCUCGAUGUUCCCGUGGAUGUGCAUCAUCUACCUGCUUGCCUACGAGAACUUCUUCACAGCCGAAGUCAACCUGGACCUGUUUGGCCAGAUGAUCGACUACUUCUCGCACCCGGCUCGUAUCGGCUUCCACUACUGGGCUUUGGUGAUCCGCGAUACCCUGUGCCCUUUCCUCCACCUCGGCAUCUGUAUCGCGGUCAAGUGGAUCCUCGUCGGCCGCUUCAAGAAUGGCGGCGUCAGCAACUCCCAGUUCAACCUCUUCCGCCACUGGCUCAUGAAGAAGCUCUUCCAGGAUGGCUCGCUCUGUGGCGUCUAUGCGCUCAUCGGCCGCCACUACGAGGCCACCAGCACGAUCUACCGCGCCCUCGGCGCCAAGAUCGGCAAGCGCAUCUACUGGCCCGGAACGCCGCUGUUUUUCUACGAGUUUGAUCUCCUCGAGGUCCAGGACGAUGUGGUCUUUGGAUCGCGCACCCACGUGCUUUGCUCAGACUCGGUGCGCUCGACCGAGAUCAAGAUCGAGGCUGGCUCGAUGAUCGCCGAUCGCUGCGUGCUCCUCCCUGGCACCAUGGUCGGCCGCGGGUGCGUCAUGGGCUCUGGCGCGCUGUCGCAGCGGGAUACCGAGUAUCCUCCAGCAUCCGUCUGGAUCGGCUCGCGCGGCGGCAAGCCCAUUCUCUGGGACGCCGGCGAUCCCAAGCGCAAGCACAUCACCGAUACGACCACGCCCUUCGGAAAGGCUUUCUACAACAGGGAUGCCGAGUUCCGCGUCAUCCCCAUGUGGGCCUGCAUUCUGUACAACAUUGCGUUUGAAGCAAUCCGGACUGUCUACUGGACCACGCCGCUCAUCAUCGCGAUGAUCUCUGCCGACCGCUUCUUUCUCAUGCGGAACCUGGCCGAUACAACCACACAAGUCAUCGCUCACGUCAUCAUCGUGUUUGUUUGCGCCGGUGCCUUCUCGAUCUUUGCCUUCCUGGCCAUGGCCUUUGAGGUCAGUGUCAAGUGGACUCUCUUUGGCCGCCGCAAGCCCGGACGAUACGACUGGGACAAGUCGUCGUACUGCCAGCGCUGGCAGAUCCUGAUUGCUGCGCACUCGCUUCGUGGCGACCUGCUCGAGUACAUCCGCGGCUCCUGGUACAUUGUGCACUACUUCCGGUCCCUGGGCUGUCGCAUCGGCAAGCGCGUCUGUCUCUACCCCACCGGCGGCGACCCGAUGAUGACCGAGCCCGACCUGGUCAAGAUCGGCGACGACGUUGCUAUUGACGUCGCUAGUGUGGUCUGCCACAUCAACAGCCGCGGCCAGUUUUCGCUGAAUCCCUUGGUUAUUGGCAAUGGAUCCGUCCUCCGCGCCGAAUCGCGCCUGCUCUCGGGCGCCGAGAUGGAGCCUGACUCGACUCUGCUUGAGCACACUCUCGUUGUCAGUGGCGAGCUCGUGGAAGGCGGCAGCACCUGGCAGGGCUGGCCCGGCACCGUCGUCGAGCUCGAAUCGAUCAGCGCCUACCCGCCAAGCAAUGCCUCCCAGACUGGCUCUGCCCAGAGCGACAUCACCCUCGUCUCGGAAAACAACUCUGGCUCCGCAGCCAGCCGCACCCAGACGCUUUGGCGCCGCCCUCGUCCCGUCCAGCGCGACAAUGUCCGCAAGACCAACUUUGCUUGGGGCGAAUUCAGCGUUGUGCACCGCACCCUCGGCCGUCUGUCCUCUGCCAACACCCUCAGACGCCGCAAGACGGCCGAGGGAGAGAAGAAGGGACGAGCAACCUCACCGCUCGUGCCUCGCACCACCACCAAGAAGAAGACCGAUCCUCGACUGGCGAUCGACAUCUCGCAGCCCAUGCCUGUGCCGGUCCAGUACUACCAGCCUCCUGUCAAGCGCGUCGAUCCCAACAUCCCGCUGUAA